AUGUCGUCAACUUCAGCAUCUGCAGUGGCAGUAGCAGCGGCUUCAUCGGCGACGUACACACCACCAGCAACUGCGGGAGCAACGACGUCAACCACCGGUAACAAUAUUUUCGCGCCGCAAGAAGGCGAACCUGAUUUCUACGAGACGAACUGUCAUUGGACGGGUUGCUCCAUGCAGUUCGACACGCAGGAGCAACUGGUUAAGCACCUGGCAGACGACCACAUCAGCAGCCACAAGAAGAACUUCGUCUGCAUGUGGGAGGGGUGCGUCCGGGGGCAGAAACCCUUCAAGGCGCAGUACAUGCUGGUCGUCCACAUCAGAAGGCACACCGGGGAAAAACCGCAUAAGUGCACUUAUCCUGGUUGCGUCAAAGCCUACUCCCGUCUGGAGAACUUGAAGACGCACAUGCGUUCGCACACAGGGGAGAAACCUUACCUCUGCGAGUUCGUCGGCUGCAGGAAGGCUUUCAGUAACGCCUCUGACAGGGCCAAACAUCAAAACAGGACCCAUUCAAAUGAGAAACCGUACGUGUGCAAAGCGAAAGGAUGCACGAAGAGAUACACUGACCCGAGUUCGUUGAGGAAACACGUGAAAACUGUUCAUGGGGUGGAGUUCUACACCAACAAGAAGCACAAAGGUGAAGGCUGUGGUGAAGAUGGCAGCAGUGGUGCUGGUAGUAGCAACAAUGGCGGUCGUGGUGGGGGACAUACUGACGGCAGUAAUAGUGGUAGGGAUGGACUGGUCAAUUAUUCGGAUAACUCGAGUUUGUUUCAACCCUACAACAGUUCCUCCUCACCAUCAUCCGGUCCUCCAUCAAACUCCAGCAACAACGGCUAUUCAAAGGUGGACGUGGAAACUUUUUCAUUGGUCAAUCAAAUAGUUGACUCCUCCUCCAAGGGUGGGGUUAUGCUGCAGGUGACUAUCAUUAUAAUGAAUCAGUUGAUUACAUGAUUCUGUACGAGCAAUGGUGUAUUGACUGUUUUGAGAUCUUUCUGUACGAUAAGGCGUCCUUCGUCAUAUAUCAUUUUCUACCUUUUGUUCGCAUGUUCACUCACAUUCAAACGAUUGCUCGCUGAUUUGUUCGUUUGUUCGUUCGUUCGUUCAUACAUUCGUUUAUUCAUUCACAUAUUCAUUCUUUAGUUAAUCAUUCAUUCAUUCGUUUGUUUAUUAGACCACUUUAACUAUCGUUCUCGCAAGAAUGAUUGGACGAACGAACAAUGAAAUGAAAUUAGGAACAAGUGAACGAUUAAUUUAUGAUCGAAUGUAUCAUUUCUUUCGGCCAAUUCAAACGAUUCUGUCUCUCUCUCUCUCUCUCUCUCUCUCUCUCUCUCUCUCUUGCCGAUUUAUUUUAUCUUCUGUUUUUUCAUUAUUUCGUUCAUUAAAUCAUUUGUCAAUUUA